AUACCACAGGAGGCUGCUGAGGGUAGGACGGCUCAUAAUGUCAGAAAUGGCGCUAAUGGAAUGGGUGGUGAGCCAUUACCACAAGCCCAUCCUCCUCAUUUAAGGUGCCACCAACCUCCUGUGGUACAUACCUCCUCCUUCAACCAAUGGUAUUAUAAAUACAGGACACACACAAAUCCGUAGCAGCUGAUAGGAUGGAGUCGGGGUGGGUCUUGUGUGCUAUUGUAUUUGCGUUGACCUGCAUGGGAAAAGGUGGCCAUUCACAGGCAAAUGUGUGUGGCAUUGCUUCUCUCAACACAAAGAUUGUCGGGGGUCAGGAUGCAGCUGCAGGUAGCUGGCCAUGGCAGGCCAGUCUGCACCGCUUCAACAGCCAUUUUUGUGGAGGCUCCCUUAUCAACAAAGAGUGGGUGCUGACUGCCGCUCACUGCUUCCCCAGCACCAGCACAUCCGACCUGCUUGUCUACCUGGGCCGGCAGAAUCAGCAAAGCAUAAACUCCAACGAGGUAUCCCAAACGGUCUCUCAGAUCAUCUGCAACCCGAACUACAACAGUGCAACCAGCGACAAUGACAUAUGUUUGCUGAAGCUCUCAUCACCUGUCACCUUCACUGACUACAUCCAGCCGGUCUGCCUUGCAGCAGAUGACAGCACCUACUACGCUGGCACUGAUAGCUGGGUCACCGGAUGGGGCGAUAUCAAUAGUGGUGUGCCCCUUCCCUCACCCGGGACCCUACAGGAGGUGACUGUGCCAGUAGUGGGGAACAGGGAGUGUAGCUGUCUCUAUGCUGGAUUUAGUUCAAUCACAAACAACAUGAUCUGUGCUGGUCUACUGAGUGGAGGAAAAGAUUCCUGUCAGGGAGACUCUGGGGGGCCAAUGGUGAGCAAACAGGGUCUGGUCUGGAUCCAGUCUGGGGUUGUUAGUUUCGGACAAGGCUGUGCUGUAGCAAAUUUCCCAGGAGUGUACACCAGAGUGUCCCAGUACCAGACCUGGAUCAACAGCCAGAUCAGCACUGACAUGCCAGGCUUCGUCACCUUCUCCUCCAGUGGGACUGACUCUGAUCUCAAUGUCACCUGUAAUGCACUGUCCAGUGGGGCCUCACUCUUCUCCCUCUCUCCUAUUCUCAUCACUCUCUCUCUUCUAAUAGAGCACACACUAAAAGUGGAUGCUUAACUUUACUCACUGUAUGUGAUAAAUACUGGAAUAGUAUGUUUAUACACUGAACCAAAAGUGAUGGUUUUAUUUUAAUAUGAAUCUACUAAUACUUGUUGAUUGUGAUUGUUAAUGGAAUUUAUGUGUUUACAUGAAUGAUUAGAAUAUUCCACCCUGAAACCAUAUAAUUGUAUGAAAUUGAUUAGGAUCAUAACAUUAUUAUUAAUGAUGUGUGUAGUUUUAGUCAGUAAAAUUCUAAUAAAUGAUGUGUGUAGUCAGAAUUAGGGUAAAACAAUAUCUUUGUACAACAUUUCUUUAUAGUAUCUUAAACACAGACUGUCUGAGCAAAAUUCGGUGCCGACCUUGGCUAGGGGCCAAAGAGAUUUGAGAGAGGGCAGGGAGUACUUCUUACGGCAUCCCUAAUCUUGGGGGAGGACAGGGUAGGGAGACGGUAUGUGCGUAGGAUACCUUCUGUUUGUGUGCAAAAGUAUGUGCGUAAGGAGCUAGUAUAAAAUGAAUAGUUUUGUACAACUGUUACGCAUGCCUCUAUGAAGAGGGAACGCAACACCCUGCUACAACUCAACUCAAAGAUGAAAGGAGAGCUACUACCAUCGAGAAAUUCUUAAAGACUGUACGAUAGUACCCUACCAUGCCCAGGAAUCUGAACAACUGGCGGCGGGUCGUGGGAGCAGGAAAAGCAACAAUUGCUUCCACUUUGCCAGAUACUGGGCACACUUGACCUCGUCCCACUUGUUUCCCCAAGUAAGUCACAGUAGCCUUCCCAAACUCACACUUGGCCAAAUUGAGGGUUAAAGAAGCAUUCUCCAACCACUGAAACACACUUUUCAAAGUGGAGAGAUGAUCAGACCAAGUAGACGAAUGUAUCACCACAUCGUCUAGGUAAGCAGUACAAUUUGGCACAUCUGCAAACACAAUGUUAACUAGACGCUGAAAAGUAGCAGGUGCAUUACACAUGACAUAGGGCAUCACCGUGUAUUGUACAAAGUUAGCAGGUGUAACAAAAGCCGAGAUGUCAGAAGCUCGAGAGGUCAGAGGUACCUGCCAAUAACCUUUUAGCAAAUCUAACUUACUAACUUAAGCAGCAGAGCCAAUUCUAUCAAUACGGCAGGGUAGCCUAGUGGUUAGAGCGUUGGACUAGUGAACGAAAGGUUGCAAGUUCAUAUCCCCGAGCUGACAAGGUACAAAUCUGUCGUUCUGCCCCUGAACAGGCAGGUAACCCACUGUUCCUAGGCUGUCAUUGAAAAUAAGAAUUUGUUCUUAACUGACUUGCCUGGUUAAAUAAAGGUAAAAUGCAGUCAUCUAAGCGAGGUAGAGGAAAAGAAUCAGACUUUGUAACUGCAUUUACACGGCGAUAGUAAGCGAGAUGUACCGUUAGGCUUAGGAACAAGAAUAGACAGAAAACUCCAGGAGCUGUUACUGGGUUUUGCCAUGUUAUUCUGUAAUAAAUAAGCUACUUCCCUUUU